AUAUAAGGUUGAUGAGGACACGUAACCCCUAAAAUCAGUUUCCAUAAUUUUUGACUGACGCGCUUUCAACACGCUUUUUCUGACACGCUUGUUCCCUAUACUUCUUUCUAAAUUGUAUUUUCAUAAAACUUAAGACUUAAAAAAAGGGACUCACUAUUUCGAAUAUGGAAUCAGGUGAUAGAAUAACUUUCCAAAAACAACGUGAUAACUUAAUAAAUGAUAUUGCGCAAGGACUAGAACAAAUUAUCAUUAAUAUGGCUAUACUUAAUAAAAAUUUGGAAAGUAUAGUUGCAGUUGGAAAAGAUUUUGAAAAUGUUGCUUCACUUUGGAAAAAUUUUAAUGAUACUAUUGAAGCUGGUGCAUUAGAUGCUGAUCUAAAGGAUGACAAUCAACAAUGAUACGAUGCGAUGAUCAUGACGCAGAUAUUUCUAAAUUUGUUCAGAUUUUCACUGCUGCGAACUUGCUUUUGUUUUCUGCUUUUUGUUUUCUGCUUUUUGUUUUCUGCUUUUUGUUUUCUGCUUUU